GCUCAAGAUCGCUAUAGGCUAUAGGUCCUAUAGGUGAGAGGAUGGACAGCACACCCCUCUCAGACCUCUUGCCAUGGAAGACCCGAGACCCAGCGAACGACUCGUUCUGGGAUUUGUACAGUCGCUUGGGUGAGUGCUAUGAAGCUGACAUGAGGCAAGUGGGAGCGAUGGGUAAAGGACCGAAGCGAGUUGUGAGUUCUGGAUCUGUGGGGAUUCGCUCUGGACACAUGGCGCCUGGCACAGCCCUCAGCUUACUGGAGCCUCAUGCGCCGUCGCGGGUGAGGAGCCCGCCCCAUAUCACAACAGUGGCUCCGCGGAGUGGCAUGGAAUCGGAUGAACUGGGCCAAUCACCUUUGACAAGUGGAAGCCUCAGCAUCGUCCCACCAGGGCCCGAACCUGACGUGCCAGCAAAUGAGCCCCCCAUGUUCCAUCAUCGCACGAGUCACAACUCGAGCUCAAGACACUACUUUCCCCUGCCUUGCUGGUUGACAAAACCACGAUUAUACAGGAGUCGCGGCGGUGGAAAUGCGGAGACUGUUCGGUCAGCCAUCGCAGUGGACCAUGACUCACCGCCGUGGAUCUUGAACCCCACCGGCCACUUCCGCAAUCUUUGGGAUUUCAUCGGCAUUGGCCUUCUCACUUUGGACACUAUGAUCUUGCCAGUGCAGUUUGUGAACGAAGACUUCUACAGUCAGUAUCCUUCCUUGGCAGUGAAUUCGCGGAUUGCUGCAUUCUACUGGCUCACAGACAUCGUUCUCUCAUUCUUCACUGGAUAUUUGAAGAAAGGCGCGUUGGUGACCUCUCGGAGGAAAAUAGCAUGGAACUACGUGCGUUCUUGGUUUCUGCCGGAUAUCAUUGUCACCAUCAUUGACAUAACUUUGGAGUUUUCAACAGAUAUGUCCAAAGCCAACCGUGCGAGCACCCGUAUUUUGCGGCUUCUGAGGCUUUUGCGAGUGGUGAGACUGGGCAAGCUCACCCGCUUCGCUGCUUUUUUGCGGGACAGGUUCGAGACGCAGGUCGCAUCUGUCCGAUUCAGUUUGGUGAUCAUCAUUACGGGCAUGCUGCUGUUGGAGCACGUCAUCGCCUGUGGUUGGUUCGGCCUGGGCUCCAUGGAAUCAGCCAGUGGCAAGACUUGGCUGACCGAAUACGAGCUACAAGAUGACACUUUCUUCAAGCAGUAUACUGCAAGUUUGAGAUGGGCAUUUUCCCAACUUGGCAUUGGGGGCACGGACAUCGAGGCCACGAAUGAACGAGAGGGCACUUAUUCGCUGAUGGUAGCGUUGAUCUCUCUUGUGAAUUUCUCGACCAUUAUCAGUUCCAUGACCUCUUUGGUGAGCACCCUUCAAGGCCGACGAAUGGAGGAGACGCAGCAGUUUGGUCUUCUGCGUCGCUUCUUGCGCACCAACAAUAUUUCGUCGAACCUCUCACAGAGGAUCACCCGCUUCCUGCAAUACACGUAUCACCAACGAGAGACAAAUUCGCAUGAUCCGUACAUCCUCGCUUACCUCUCCAAAUCACUGCAGGCUGAGCUCCAGUUAGCCCGCUACAGCGAUUGCUUGGCACAUUUGCCCUUUGUAGAUCAGCUUCUGACCAAUGGCAUGCGCGUUCAAGAAAAUCACAUCAUGCAGACCUUGGCACAGAGGGCUGUGGCAAUCUUGGAUUCUGCGGAGGAUGACGUGGUCUUUUGCCACGGUUGCAGAGCUGAUGCAACGUAUUUCACUUUGCAUGGAGCACUCAGCUACUUGAAAAACGACGAUCCAACAAGGGUUCGCUUUGGGCAGUGGAUCUCAGAAAUGUGCUUGUGGACUGAGUGGUUUCAUGUUGGGGACCUCCUCUCCGUCAGUUUCGCCAAGCUGGUGGCUAUCAACGUUGAUGAGUUUUGCAACAUCAUUGCCACAGCAGGUGCUGUGCAGGUACAGGCUCAUGAAUAUGCCAUCAGCUUCGUGGAGCAAUUGAACAAAGAAAUAGAUGUGAACGACUUGUGGCAGAUGGCCCCGCCGGUGACCAAAAAAUAUACAACUUUGAAGAAGGAUACCUGGUCUGAGUAUUUCAGCUCUUCGCUGCCAUUCGCACAGUGGAAGAAGACCUCGACCCGGAAGUUGAAAGUAUCACCUGAUCCACCUGAUCUUACGUAAGUCGUGGCAUGUCCUUACCAUUCCUAUACCAUUCCCGACCUAUGAGCGCAUCUAGAAGCAUGAUCGUUUUCCAAUCGAGGGCAUGAUGAAAAAAAA